UUGAUCACGUUUUGUAGAUUCACUAGAGUGCCUUCCCAGAUGCUUUGACCUUGUCACCUAUGACUAAGUCUCCUUCUGUCACCAACUGCUGUUUGUCCAAGAAACCGUCUGUCAGUGAAGACAAAUGAGAUCCAUGAUUAACAAUUACAGACUCCGGGCAGUGAACACAUUAGACACCAAGAAUCAAGAGGGAGGCAGCCAAGUCUUUCAUUAUCCUUAUUACUUAUCAGCUCAUUCAUUUCAGUAACCCCCCUCACCCCGCCCCUUCACUAACAGCUCCUCAUGUGACUAGGUAAUCUGGAGCAUCUCAGGUGUCCCACUCCUAUUGCAGACUAAAACACACAUCUUACAAUCAAAAUAGGUAGCAAUACAAAGAGAACGCCAUCCUCUCAGAACUGUGGGGAAAAUGGUUCUGCACCCAGCUAUCCAGGCAUCUAGAGAGGGUCAACUUUCUGCUCUGGAGAACCUAGCAGCAAAAGGCUUGCUGACUCCUGAUAUUUCCGAUCCUCUAGGUGCAUCCCCGGUCCACCACGCGGCACGCUGUGGACACCUUGACUGUCUAUGUUUUUUAGUGACUCGAGCACAUCUACCUGGCAAUUCAAGAGCCAGGAACGGAGCUACACCUGCUCACGAUGCCUCAGCCACAGGACACCUACAGGAGCUGCAGUGGUUGCUCAGCUAUGGGAACUGUAGCCUGGAGGACCAGGACAGUUCAGGGGCGACCCUCUUACACCUGGCCACUCGCUUUGGUCACAGAGAUCUGGUCCAGUGGCUCAUGCAAGCAGGGAGCAAUGCUGAGCUGGAGACUGACUGUGGCGCUCUACCUGCCCACUAUGCAGCAGCCAGGGGAGACUUAACCUGUCUCAAAUUACUCAUCGAUCAGACGCCCAGAUCUGUGAACAGACAGACAAGGAAUGGCGCCACACCUCUCUAUUUGGCAUGUCAGGAAGGGCACUUGCACAUCGUUGAGUUCCUCGUGAAGGACUGCGGAGCUGAUGUCCAUUUGCGAGCCCAUGAUGGUAUGACAGUUCUUCAUGCCGCAGCACAUAUGGGACAUCACGCCUUGGUCGUCUGGCUGGGUUCUUUCACAGAUAUGGACCUCUCCAUACAAGAUAAUGAGGGAGCUACAGCCUUACACUUUGCUGCCAGUGGUGGGCAUCACAGGAUCUUAGAGCGCCUCCUCCGAAUGGGAGCAAAAAUGAUCAAGGAUCACUGGGGAGGUACUCCCUUGCAUGAUGCUGCUGAGAAUGGAGAAUUGGAGUGCUGUCAGAUUUUGGUAAUGAAUAAUGUAGACCCUGAAAUCCAGGACCGCGAUGGGUACACCGCCGCAGACUUGGCAGAAUAUAAUGGGCAUACAGAGUGUGCCAACUACCUGAAGAGAGUGGAACAGCUGCCGUCUACAGGCAGCAGUUCACUUUUGAUGAUUAGCAACACCGACAGUGAAAAACGCACAAAAUCAGUGCAGUUGAAGCAGGCCAACUCUGGUGACUACUACAGAGCCUUAAACGAAAUCAGUGAAGAGUCACCAGGAGCAGCAACGGUGAUGGAUGGAACAAAGAAUAUAGAAUUUGCAUCGGCUCAACAGCGUUCAUCACAAAACAUGCCUCCACCACCUCCGGCACCACCCUUACCACCAGCAAACAGCCUGGCAUCUUCAAAGUCGAAAGCUCAAAGUACAUCUGCUCAUAUUAAAGUGGAGACACCUGCAGGGAAAAAAUUAUUUAACACGGUGAUGCCAAAUUCGGGCAAUGUAAAACUAUUUUCUGAAAUGAAGAAGAAUUUUAAGUCUCUUAAGCAUGCAGGAAUCACAGCAGUGUUUUCUGGACAGAAGCAAGACACCAAAUCAUCUGCAACGGUGACUCUGCCCACAGAGGAAGUCAGCGUGGUGGACAUUGACUCACUUGUCCCUACUCAUGAUGAGAAAGGGCUUCCCAUUGCAGAGUGGAAGCGCCAAGUGAUGGUGAGACAGUUGCAGGCCAGGCUGCAGGAUGAGGAGGAGCAAAGAAGAAAGAAAAAUGGAAAUAAAUACAUGGAAGAAGAAGGAUGGACAUAUUCUCAAGCCCAUAAUGCAAUUCUUGGUCCAUUUGGUGAGCUUCUGACUGAAGACGACUUAAUUUAUUUAGAAAAGCAGAUUGAGAAUGUACAAAUGAAGAAGAAAUGUCAGGAGUAUGAGUCUGAGCUCACCCGUUUAGCUGAAGAAUUGAGAACCAUCCUGCCUGCUCCGAUUGUUAACAUCACGGUCAACACACAAUUCAUGCAGCAAAAUGCUGGGAAGGAAGGACAUGUCUCUUUACCUGUCUGGUGCAACCGAAUAUCAGGUAUUGUAAAGAGUAUGUCAUUGCUUCUUGCAAAUGUCAAUGACAAAGACCACGGAGAGACACAAAAAAGAGAGGUUUCAAGGAUGCCCAGCAAUGACUUGAUGCAUGUUUUUUCUCUAAGAUAUGAGAAGUCAAAUUCUGUUUAUGGGACAAGGGAAAAGGUAGAACAUGAGCUUCAACAAUUUGGGGUAUCAGUCCGAAAUCUCAGAUCUAACUUUGAAACACAGUUAACCACAAAUGAUGUAGCUGCACCAUUUGAUAGCCUUGACGAAAAGAUAACAGAGGAAUACAAGCCUGCAGCCCACAUCUAUACAAAAGGAACAGAUGCUACAAACAGAUCUCAUGUGAGAGGUACAGAAGAGCAACCUCUAGGAGUUUGUGAUGAAGAUCUGUCUCACCCAGCACAGGUAGAUGAUGCCAGUGACUCAGGUAUUAGUUCAGAAGAAGCACUUCCUGAAGAAAGUCUAUCACCGGUUCAGGAGUCAACUAGCCUUAGGAAAGAGCGAAUUGUUGUCCUGUUUCUUGGACACUGGAAAAAGUCUACCUACUCAAUGUCUCUUAAGAUAAAAGACUUGCAAAGAAAGAAGAGCCUUCCAGAGGAGACAACACCACAGCCAGUCCAAAAGAAAGAAGUGGAACCAGGACAUGAGACCCAAGUGAAAAAGAAUCCAGAGAAUGAAAAGCUAAGUCACUUUUUGCAGCAGAGAAGCGCCAUCAGUAAAAUGAUUGGAAACUGGAGAAACAUCAUUUCCCAUGUCCCUUCUAGACAGAUACGCCGGCUUAACCGUCAACAAAUCACAUACUCUCCUGAGCAGUUUUUACCUCGAGUGAAUGGGGCUCCAAUUGAAUACAACCAAUUGACCCUUGAUCUUUUUAUGUUGGGAUAUUUCCACAUUCUUGAGCUGGAUCUGCCACCUGAUGAAAGGAAAAUGAGGCACUUGCUCUGUUUUGAAGUGUUUGAUCACUUGGGGAAGUUCACCUGGGAGACAGUCCGCAGUUUUCAUAGAGCAGUCACUGAGGACAUUGAAGCUGGUAACAGGGAAUGGAAAGAUGGCUUCGAGGAUAUCAAACAAAAAUUCUUUGAAAAUGAGCAAAAUCAGCUUUCUGCAGCAGGAGACACCAAGCAAGGCUCUCCUGUGGCAAGAUCAGUGCCCAAAGUCAUUGUUCAAACUGCCACUCCUGAGGAAGAAGAAGAUUUGGUGAGGAGUGGUGGCACAGACCUCAGCAGCUUCAGCAAUGAUGAGAUCUGCAAGUACAUUGACCGCAGCUUUGCUUUCUGGAAAGAGAAAGAAGCAGAGAUCUUCGACUUCGAGUAGUGUCUAAU